AUGUUUGUGUUUUAUGAAAACUUAUGUAUGAAAGCAGUGAACCAAUCAAUCGGAAGAGCAAUUCGACAUAAAGACGAUUUCGCGGUUAUUAUUCUUUUAGACAAUAGAUAUACAAACAGAGCGAACAUAAGGCAAAACCUUCCCGAUUGGAUCAGAUCUCGGCUCUCGUGUUACGAUUCGUUCGCUAAAGCGUUCUCUUCUGUCCGACAAUUCUUUCAUAACAAACAAAUGUAAGACAUUUUAGUGAAUCGCAUGAAACUUAAC